AUGGACAUUUCAACUACCUACAUACCGAAUUAUACCGAUGCCGAUACACCCAGAGCGAGGAAGAACAUGGAGCAUGUUACAUUUGACUUUCCGGAACUAGAUGAUGAUACCAGUUCGCCACUCCCACGCCGGAAAGAUGAGAAUGCCAACAACUUCAUCCUCAUGUCCUCUCUACUGAUGAUGCUUGGUGGAGUUGCAACUCAAGCUGCAAAGGCGACUGGACAUAGUGCAGAAUACUUGUUGCGCAUGUUGGUCACAACAUUGAAAGAAGAUGGAAACAACCAGAAACACAUCCUCUCGUUGGACAACAACUCGUCUUUGAAUGCCAGAAGCCGAUACAUGCACCACAAACACCACGACGAUGACGAUCAUACAAUUGCGACGGCUACUACCACCUCCAGCAUGACGACAAUCUCAAAAGAAGAACACGAUAGAGCUGUCGAGAUACUGAGAACAGACCUUGGGUCGCAAGUCAAAUUACUUCAAACAAAGAUUGACUCCCAGGGGCAUUACAAAACACAGAACCAUAUCCUUCAAACAAAGCUCGAUACCCAAGCUGAGCUUUUGCAAGAUAAGACAAUGCAAGCAAAGCUCCUACAGGAAAAAGUCCGGAACAUGCAAGGGAAGACGAAGGAUAUGCAGCAGACGGAAAGUGAGAAGCACCGUGAGUUGAAGCGUCAACUGCAAGAGCAACAAGAACGAGCUGCUGCCCUUGAAAAAUCCAACAAGCAGUUGGGUAAACAACUUGAGAUACAAAAUGAAGAGGUUUCAAAACUGGAUAAGCAGCUCGAGAUGGAGAAGGCCGAGAAGACCAAAAUGAUUGUAGCGAUGAAUUCGGAAUUCCAGAAUCUUGACUGGGAUGAUAACGCAUCAGUGGCCUCCAUGUCAGUUGCCUCGGUCGCUCUUUCCCAGAAACACAAGCAAGUGCGAGACCUUGAAUCUCAAAACAAUCACUAUCGAUUGCGAAUGAUCAAGAAACAAAAGAUCUGGGAAAAAGAACGAGCUAAGAUGACAGAAAUGGAGGCAGAAGCGCGAAAAUUGAAAAAGUUGGCAGAGUCGGAGAAAGUAAGGGCCAUGGAUAUCGAACAACAACGCAAACAUGACGUCGAGAGAGCUGAAAGUAAAAGACAAACGGCUGAGGAAGCAUUGGCUGCUGCCCAAGGAAUGGCAGAGCAACAAAGGCGUGAGAUUGAGAAGUUGGAGAAAAAGCAUCAUAAGAUCGAAAAACAAUUGACAAAGGAGAAGGAAGGAGUCACGGAAGCUCACAAGGCUCUCGAGAAAAUGCGACGUGCUUACCAACAGACCGAGCGCAAGUUGGAGGGGGCGGAACUUUCUCUCAAGCAAGCCGAAAACUGCUUGCAUGAAGAAAGACAAGAGACCACCAACGCGCGAGGUGCUCUGAAGUCUGCAAAGUCUACGAUCCAAGAAAUGAAACACGAGGUUGAGCACGAGCGGGAUUACAACCGUAAGCUAUUGGAUGAGAAGGCCAACCAAGCGCGAUCUUUCAACAAGAGAUUAGAAACUCAACAGCAAGAACUUGCUCGACAAGAAAGCCAGAUCAAUCAAAUGGAGAAACUGUAUAACGAGGAACAAUCCCGGGUGACGAAUCUUCGUGCCGAGCAAACCAGCACCAACGACGCUCUUUCCCGAGCCCAACGAGAGGUCGAGGGUCUCCAAUUGGAAAUUGAUGAACAAAAGGCGAUCAUUACAAACCAAUCGACUGAAAUUCAAUACAUGCAACGAAUGAUCGAUGACGAAAGCGCUCGUUGCCAGAAGCUUGAAGCUGCCAAGGCAAAGCUUCACGACGCCUUGGACGAGAAUCACACCUACAUCAAGUCCUUGGAACUCGAGUCCAAAAGCUUUCAGCAGGUUCUUGCUAGUAAGGACUUGAAGAUCGAGAACCUGGAAAUCAUGCAUGCGGAGCACCAGAAGGUUGCGGACAAACUCAUCCAAGAUGUGUCUUCAUUGGAAAGCACACUUGCUGCAGCCAACACUACCAUCGAGGAUUUGGAAAUGAAACUUGAUAUGGAUGCUUCCCAGUUGCUACAGCAAUCCACUGCUUUGAGCAACCUUGAAAAGGAAUGUGAAGCUGAGCGGGAGAAGAGAUCGGUGUUGCAGAAGGAACUCUCCAAUUUAUCGUACGAUCUCAAUGAGAAGAAGCAAGAGUUGACUGCUCAAGAAAUGAAGGUUCAUCGUCAUGAGGACGAGUUGGUGAUUUAUAAGGGCGAAAUCCAAGCAACUGAACGACGCCUAGACAACGAGAAGAAAAGAUCAGAAACGCUCGAAACAGAGUUGUCGACACUGCAAAGCAGCUUGCAAGCAAAGGAAAACAAAUUGAUGGCUCUCCUCGAAAAGGUUCAGGGACAAGACGAUACGAUUGAAGAUCAAAAGAAGCAGAUUAAGGAGAUAAAGUUCCUCAACUACGAAGAGCAAGAGAAAGCAGCCAAGAUUCAAGAGCAACUACCCCAACUUUUCCAACUCAUCAAGAGAGAGGAAACCAAGAGCCUCAAUUGCAAACGCGAACUCCACGAGGCUGCUGUAAAAUUGGAACGUGAGGAAAAGAAAGUUACCGCCCUCAAGGAUGAGAUUCAGUUGCUUUCAGAAGUUGUCAAGACAAAGCAGUAUAAGAUUGAUUCGCUGGAAGACUCCUUGAUGGAAAAGUUUGAAGAGAACCGACGACGAGGACAAGGCAGCAGAAGAUACUAG